AUGGCACACCUCAUAAUCAAUUUCCCGGACGGGGAAGGCGAUAGCAUCGAAGACGAUGGACCUUCGGAUGUAUCAUCUGAAAGUUUCCAUUUCUCGAGCGCGUCAGAGGAUGGGUUCCUUCUAGAGGAUGGGGACGAGCGAGCCGUGGUGCCAAUGGAUCCCUCCCUAGCAGGGCUGCACACCUACCUGGGAGACUGCGAAGACCUGGCCCACUCAGAUGCGACGCUUGAGGACGCUCACGUCUGCCAGCUGCCUUUGCUGACAUUCCCUGAUGUGGUGGUGAUGCCUGGGUGCACGCUGCCGCUGCUGGUCAGCAACAGCCGCGCACACUGGGUCGUGGAGCAGGCCCUCGCGGCACCCGCCCCCUACAAAUGCCUCAUUGCUGUGGUGUUCAGCCAGCAGCGGCGAGUGGAGCAUGGGCAGGUCGGGUGCACAGCGCUUCUGAGGAAGCUGCAGCGCGAGGACAACGGCAUCUGGCCAUCCACCCUCAAGGUCAUCGCCGAAGGCUGCCAGCGGUUCGAGGUGGUAGAGGCAGCUGAUUCCCAAUCGACGGAGCUGCGAUGGCACGUGCGGAUCUGCGCGGAUUCCCCGUUGCCGCGGCUGCCGCGCGAAGUCGCCCGGGACGGUGCCGCGCACUGGGCGCCGUGGGCGUGGCGCGCAUGCGACGCCUGGGGGCUCGCUGACGCCGCUCGGCAGCUCUUCUCAGAGAUCGCACCCGAGGUGACGGUGCUCAAAGGGGAUCCGGUGGCGGUGGGUUACUGGCUGGCGCGAAAUCUGCCGGUGGGACCGGCCGCGCGCCAAAAACUGCUGGAGGCGCCGACGGCCGGCCACCGGCUGCGUGCGAUCCUGGCGCACCUGCGCGCAGGUGCCGGGGAGCGGCUGCUCUGCCGGGAUUGCCUGCACGAGAUUGGGCGGACGAAGGAUUCGCUGCGCAUCACAGAUGAGGGACCAGCCGGCAUGUUUGUUAACAACUCAGGCUAUGUGCACGACCUGGUGGCGCUGCGCCAGAUCAGGCCGCAGUCGGUCAGUCUCCAGGGGCGUCCCACGGCGGAGUACUCCUGGUUCAAGGGAUAUGCAUGGACCAUCGCUGUCUGCGCCAACUGCGGCACGCACCUGGGGUGGCAAUUCACGAGCAGGAGUGAGCGGCUGACCCCUGCUAGCUUCUAUGGGCUGCGCCGUAACACCCUCUUCUCCAGCACGAAGCCAGCGGCCUCCCAGGGGAACGGAGUGCAGGUCUGA